CGCGCCGCUCUGGGAUAACAAGCAUGUCUUUUCCCUACGGUCCAGGUUAACCAUUACUUGAUUUAUAGGUUUGCAGGCUUCUCCUGCAUACUCAAACGUUCGAUGGACGCGGACAUCCUGGCGCCCGGUGGCUCGAGAGGCGCUGUGACACUUCUGUUCUAGUGCAAGACCGGAACGUUCACAAUGCUUGUUGACGCUCGUUCGGAGAGGACCAUGAACUGGAAUACCACUGGGACGAAAACGUCGGAAUGCACAAUAUCCCGGCCCUGGAUGCUGCCCUGUAUCAUAUCUCGCCAGAGGCGAGCGACUUUUUCAAGUCCCAGACGGGAAUAUACGACGACGAAGAGCUCAAGCUCCAUAUCCUGGCGGUGCAGCGGAAAGCGUAUGAGGUCGUCCCAUACCCAUGCCUUCGGAUAUUUACCUUCACCCACUUGGAUAUGUCACGCCUGGACAUAUACCCACACAUACUUGAGAUUGGGAAGACAAAGCCUGGAUCCAUUCUGAUGGAUCUUGCAUGCUGUUUCGGAGGUGACGCCAGGAAAGCAGUUGCUGACGGAUAUCCUGUGGAGAAUAUCGUUCUGUCAGAUCUCAGAGGAGAAUUCCUGCAACUUGGACACGAGCUCUUCAAAACGACACCCGAUACCUUUCCUGCCACAAUGAUUGAGACCAACAUCUUCGACCUGGAACCUCGCCAGCCCGUCCACGACGUUGACAUCGAGCGCAUCGCGGAUUUGUCAGAUGUAAAGUCACUCGACGCGCUGUAUGGACAGGUCUCCGUCCUACACGCCUCCAAGCUCUUCCACCUGUUCGACGAAGAGAAACAAGUGAAGCUCGCGCGCGCUCUGGCCUCCCUUCUUUCUCCGGAGCCGGGCUCCGUGAUCUGCGGCGCGCAAGGCGGCUACCACACCAAGGGCUGGCGCUCUCACCGAACGUGGUCGACCGAUUUCGAGUAUUUUUGCCACUCUCCCGAGAGCUGGGAAGAGCUGUGGAACGGCCGCGUGUUUGAGAAAGGAACGGUCAGGACGGAGGCUGUGUUACGUCCCUAUGCUAGCUUGGAUGGAGAGCUGCUUUUCUUGGAGUGGAGCGUUAUCCGCCUUUGAAGUUAUGUCCUAUAUAACGUUGAUACGUCGAAUUUCUAUGCUAUCUUUCAGUAG